AUGGAAAAUCACAACCUCACGGAGGUAACUGAAUUCAUCCUGCUGGGCAUCACAGAUCGUCCGGAGCUGCAGGCUCCACUCUUUGUGUUGUUCCUCAUCAUCUACCUGACCUCGCUGGUGGCCAACCUGGGCAUGAUCGUCCUCACCCAGCUGGACGCCCGGCUACAAACCCCCAUGUACUUUUUCCUCAGGCACCUGGCUCUCGUUGAUCUUGGCUAUUCUACAGCUGUGGGACCUAAAAUGCUGGUCAAUUUUGUAUCAGAUAGAAAUACAAUCUCCUAUCAUUUCUGUGCCAUGCAGCUGGCUUUCUUUCUUGUUUUUAUUGGUAGUGAGCUUUUUAUUCUGUCUGCAAUGUCUUAUGACCGCUACGUGGCCAUCUGUAAGCCACUCUUCUACACUGUCAUUAUGUCAUCAAGAGUAUGUUGGGUGCUAGUGGUGAUACCCUAUUUCUACUGCACCUUUGUGUCCCUUCUUGUUUCUAUAAAGAUUUUUACCUUACCCUUCUGUGGAUAUAAUGUCAUCAAUCAUUUCUACUGUGAUUGCAUCCCCUUGAUAGCGUUGCUUUGCUCAGGAACUCAGGAUGUCGAAUUUAUAAUUAUGAUAUUUGCAGCCUUUGAUUUGAUUUCCUCUCUUCUGGUGGUCCUCGUGUCCUACCUGCUCAUUCUCAUGUCCAUUCUCAGGAUGAAGUCCGCAGAGGGCAGGCUCAAGGCUUUCUCCACCUGUGGGUCCCACCUGACCAUGGUCACCGUGUUCUAUGGGACUUUGAUAUUUAUGUACGUGCAGCCCAAGGACAGUCACUCCAAAGACACUGAUAAGAUGUCUUCCAUAUUUUAUACCUUGAUCAUUCCAAUGUUGAAUCCUUUAAUCUACAGUUUGAGGAACAAAAAUGUAAAGUAUGCCAUACAAAAGACAAUGCAAAAGCUGUCCAGUGCCUUUUGUUAA